GGCUCUCGCGAUCGCUCUGGAGUCCAUAGUACAGCCAGGCAGUACUGCAGUACGCGUGAAGUAAAACAUGCAAUGCGGACAAUCCUUAGCAGUGUUCUGAGACUGUACCAUUACAUGUUGGACUAGCAUUGUAGUACAGUUAAACUCAAGACCAAAACCCGUUCUCAGUUAUCUACAGUGGUUACCUGUUGAUUGGACACGUUCCUGGGACUUGUUAAUCUGCCUAUUGAAGACACUAAUUGGAGGAAAAACCCGGAAAUAUUAUGCCGACUUCGAAUUCAACAAUAAUGACAUUGUCGACAUCUGCACAACCAAAAGAGAAGAAGAGAAGGAAUUCUGAAAAGAGGAAGUUGAAAUCGCGCAAUGCUGCCCGAACUAGACGGGAGAAGGAGACGGCCAUCUUCUACGAGCUUGCCCACCAGCUGCCCAUGCCACACAGUAUGUGUGCCCAGCUUGACAAGGCCGGCAUCAUGAGGCUAAUACUCAGUUACCUCAAAGUGCAGAACUUCACACCAACAGCCAUCAAGUCGGAACCCAUGGACCUUGAUGAGGAUGCUCCAGUCACAGCAGAACAGCUCAUUGAUAACUACUACCUCAAGGCUCUGGAUGGCUUUGCCAUGAUGCUGUCGCAAGAGGGUGACGUCAUCUUUAUCUCCGAAAAUGUCUCGCAGUACAUCGGCCUCAAACAGAUUGACUUGAUUGGACAGAGCAUCUAUGACUUCUCCCAUCCCUGUGACCAUGAGGAGAUCAGGGAACACCUCUCUGACCAUCCCUGGAUGGGGCAGUCCCACAGCACCAAGGCGGCCAAGCGCCAGCAUCAAGAGAAACAUAGCUUCCUGAUGCGCAUGAAGUGUACCUUGACUGCCAAAGGGAAGAUAGUCACAUUGAAAGCGGCCACAUACAAGGCAAUGGAUUGCAAUGGAAUCCUGAAAGUUUCUCCUUCUGUGGUGACCUCCAAUGGUUACCGGCUGCCCCAACUGAGCUGUCUGUCACUCAUCGCCAUGCCCAUCCAUCAUCCAGCCAACAUAGAGAUACCCAUGGAUGAACAGACUUUUCUGACCAGACAUAGCAUGGACAUGAAGUUCACAUACUGCGAUGACAGAAUUCAGGACCUCCUUGGCUAUGAUCCAGAAGACUUGGUGGACCAAUCCUUCUAUGAUUUCUACCAUGCCUUGGACAAUCACACCAUUGACAAAUUUCACAAAGAUUUGUUUGCCAAGGGACAAGCUACGAGUGGACGCUUUCGCUUCCUUGCCAAGAAGAGUGGCUAUGCCUGGAUGGAGACGCAGGCUACUAUCAUCUACAACAACAAAACCAACAAACCACAGUGCGUGGUCUGCAUCAACUACAUGAUCAGUGGCAUUGAGGAUGAGGAUGUAGUGAUUGCAACUCACCAGCUGGAUGAAGCCAUGCAGAUGAGCACAGAGAAGACCUUCAUGCCUCGGCCUGAUGGCAUGGAUGAUGAUGAAUUCCCUCUCUACUUGACGGGAUCAAAGAGUAAUGUGGUGAACGCAGAGGAUUUGACCUACUUGGCCCCGACUGCUGGUAAUGCUAUGGUCCCCCUAGACUUCCCAAGCCCCCCUGUCCCCAUCACCGAGAGUGACCAUAUUCCCAAACCCGAGAUGGAUGGCCAGCAGGAGUUUGUGCCGUUUUUCCCAUUUGUUCCAUUGACCCCCAGUGCCGAUGAGAAGCAAACCAGUGACGGGGGAGGCAUGACAAACCAGGAAUCACCUGCCAGGAAGGUGGUGACACCUGACUUGAUUCUCCCUGACAAGAACUCUCCCAUGAGCUCGAGUAAAGACCCUCUCAUGCUGGACUGCACCACAGAGGCUGGUGGCCAACUUCACGCUGAUGACUUGUCAAUGCGGGCGCCAUACAUCUCCAUGAGUGAUGACUUGGACUUUGGCGGAGACAAACUCAUGGUUGACACGCAGCUGGCUGAGACUUGGGAACCUGUGGACCUUUUUGGAAACAUGAACAGCAAUGGCUACAUGGACUCAGUGAUAUCACCGUCGUACAAAGACCAGAAGCAAGAAUUACUGAGUCCAUCGUCUGGUGCCCUUACUGCUCCUAGCACGCCUUAUAGUCCACAGUCACGGUCACCGUUCAGUCCCCAGUCAGUGAUGUCACCCGUCAAUAAGCUUUGCCAGAGCCUGCCUAACCUGUGGUUGGCUCGCGACGAUGACCACCCUGGGCCGACCUCAGCCACAGGGCAGCCUACCAGCUAUUGGGACACCAACAAGUCUCCUCCCCCUCUCCUGCCUAUGUCUCCGCAGACCUGUUCACCCCUCGUCAGCCCUGCUGGACGCCCAGCCUCCACAGAGAACUACAGCAGUUUCUCCAGCGGGAAGCAUCCCCCAAGGCCGGAGGUACAGCAAGCCCUGAAGAGGAAACUAGAGACUCGGAGCAACAAGAGAGCCAGACAGUACAAAGUGGCUCGACUAAACGAUGGAGGGACAGAUUUGGGGGGAGGGAACAGUCCAGGAGGGAGAGGAGGUGGCAGAGGAUGGAGCGUCUCUAAGGGGGGCCUGGAACUGGAUGCAUUACAACCUCCAGGACGUGGCAAAGACAUAAGCAGUCUGCAGUCACUGUUGCUGCAACCAGCUGGUAGAAGCAUCAACAAUCACUUUGGCCACUCGUUGCUCCUACAGAAAGUCGCUCAACAGGUGGUCAACAAACAAGUAGGUAGUGGUGGAACCAACAAGGCUGACGCCAGUAAGUCCUUGCUUUCUGUUAGCGGCGGUCAGGAACACUUCCCUCUCUUCCAGGCCCAGCCCUCGCCAGGUGAUGCCGAGGACGGAUUGGUGGACAGCAACAACCUCCUGAGCUGCCUGCCGCUGAUCACGAGACAGGACCUAGACGUCAACACGCCCCUGCAGGCCUCGGCGGGACUGCUACAGGGCGAAGAGUUAUUGCGGGCGCUGGACGUACCCUGAGGGGGUAAUGUUGCCACAACAAAUGCUAACACAGCCUCUGUCGCCGACAACAGCACAAUGUCAGCAGACGAACAUUUGUGUAAAGAUAGUAAAUGUACAUAGAGUGUGUUGGUGACCAACUAUGAAUCAUAUAUUUUAGUACUGUAAAUGAGUGGAUGGCGUGUGCUGUCGCACGCACGUUGACUGUGUUCUUAUACAUUGUUUGAAUGCCUAAAUGCGUACCACAGCAAACUUCAAAUGUGCCCUUAUAGACACUUUGCCAGCACAGGAUGGUCUGCCAAUCUGAAUGCCUGUGGUGAAUGUGACCUCAUACACAUUUUGUAGUUGUGUACCAUGGUGCUUUAAAAAUGCAGAGCAGUGUCCAUCCUGGACGUCUGUAAGUUGCAAAUGCACACUUUGAAUGAGUGCCCUUAACGCUCAUGUCCACAUGAACAUGCAGUUUGAACUGCUAAUCAUUUGCAGUUGGGACUCUGGUUUUUAAUACAUACCAUGUAUGUUUACUUUUCGCCUCAUACUCUUUGCUCCAAGUUCAUGGUGCUGUGCCAUGAUCGUGGUAUUCGAAUAUAGUGUUCCAGACCUUUCGAGCCAGGAAAGGGCAUAUAUUUCCCAAGAUGAGAUUUUCCCUCAAAUCACUAAAUGUUCUGAAAGAUAUUAAACCUAUAUUAUGAAGUAGUAUUUAGCUUUCUUGAAUUAUCUGAACGGUGAAGUUCCGUUAUGGGAUAUAUUGUCUAUCUUGUCAUUGUAUUAACUAAUCCUAACUCUCUAGGGUGUGUGUAAAAUCAUAUUGAAAUCUGAGGAUUUAGCCCUGUUAGGGUUCAAAGAAUCUUAUGUGAUGCUUUAUAAGCAGGAGUUAGGACAAUCUUGAACAUUUCUGGCGGUCCAGUGUUUUGAUGGCAUUUGGGAUUGGGUCUGGGGAACACAGGUCUGGAAUCCAUUUCAUGCAAUUGGCAUGGACAGAAAAUAUUGGUCAGCAAAUUUAUGUGCAAAGUCCAGACCAGUGGAGAACCAGACGCAAGAGAUCUUUCAGACUUUUGUCUGAAUUCAGACAUUUUGAAUCUGAUAGAAAACAUUAUUGGUAUAGGAAGAAAUGCACCUUGCAGACUUUUGAUACCCAGUUUCAGACAUUUUUUAAAAUGAUAAUCUCAUCCCUGGAACCAGUGGCACAGACUGUACAUCAUGUGACAUGUUGACUGCUAACCACUGUUUUUGGCUAAGCAAAUAUUUUCUGUGCUUAACCAAAUGUUUAGCUCAGACUGUAGCACUAUGUAAUAGGCCCUGGGUGUGAAGAGCUUUUCCCUCAGACUAACAGAGGUCCUCUUCUUUCCCUCAUGCAUGUCGUUGCAACAUAGAAAAAACCUGCACAAGCAUCCUGUGCAGAUUGGAAUUUCUUAUUCUUUUCCUUCCUUGAUUACUGCCUUAGGUCCUCUCUUACUACAUUUCAAAAAGGAUGCACUGUUGAUGUUGUGACUGAAGUAAAGAGUGCGCUUUCACCAUUGCAAUGACAGAUGAUAAAGUGGGGCCUGUUCUUCCCUUCCCCCACAUUAGGCAUCUCUGGCGUUGCUUGCAUUACGGUUAGUUUAUUUACAUGGUAAAGUAUGCAAUGAAUUCACUCAUGAUUGUUAACAUUAAAAUAAAAACGUAGCAAUGUCCGACUCUCCCGCACAAAGACAUAUUUUGUAGAACUAUUUUUAAUACGAUAAGUGUAAGGCUGAUACUCGUGUUCAAAAGGGUUUCUGGGUCAUUUCGGUUUAAGAUUCAAUUUGUGGCCCUUUCUAUUCUCCGGUUCAUUCAACACAAUUUCCAGUAAGAGCUUGUGCACCUGUAUACAUGUACCGCCUGGAUUUUAAGUUAAAAACAUUCGUAAUUUAAAUUUUCAAUUUGUUUUUGCCAAAGCAGCACAAACUUUUUUAUCAACCAUUGUUGCACCACAUAUUUCUCAUGUAAAAAAUGCUGUAAAUUGCCAACCUUUAGAUUCUAAGUUCCUUAAAUACAUUGGAGUUUCUGUCCACCACACAAAGUUGCAUGCAUGGCAUUCAACGAGCGCAACGCUGUCAGAAAUGUCCCACCUGAAAACAUAACUUUAGUUGUGUUAUUUAUUCCUGGAUUGUGAAGAGAGAGGGAAGAAAAAAAGAUACACAACCGUGCAGAGGGUUAAAGCUUCUUUAACGGGCAUUUUUUGUUGGCGACUUCUGUAGUAACAAUUAAUGUACACCUGACCAGGAAAUGUAAUCCUAAAUGUGAGAUUAUUGGAAAUUGAUGACGUUUGUCAGUAGUGUUUCCUUGUGUUCACUUUCAUUAGCUUGUUCACUAAGAUUGAUCAGACUGUGGUAUUUGGGAUGGAAAAGAAUUGUUGAAUGAUCUUAAAUGCUCCUGUGUUGUAUUGUUCUGAAGUUAUUGUACAGGAAGAAAAGGGGGGAAAAAUUAUGAGGUUUAUGAGGUUUUUUGGCUUUCCAAGACUACUGUGGUGUUCAGUAUUGAUUAGACUGCACAGGCAGAAGUAUAUAUUACGUUUGAAGAAAAUAAGAUCUGAAAUAGUGGUCAUUUUGGUUGUUUUGUGAAAAUGAAUAAAGUAAAAUUGUACUGCCUUUGAUAUGUUGCUAAAAUGAGCAGACUUGUAGCUGUAAUUGCUGUAUUAGUUUGUUGCCUUCAGAAUUGGCUGAAUUAUGUAUUAACUUCUAAGAAAUUGACAGUCUUAUAAAAAUUGCUCCCUUGUGUGGUGCUAUAAGUGUGUUUUUAUUAUUACCGUUACAGCACAGGUGAAGAGGAAUUGUUGAACAAAUAUACGUUAUUAUUAAUACAAUUGUGGUGAGGCCAGGGAGGUAAUUUUACUUGAAUAAGUCCUGACAGUUUUUUCCUAAACUAAUAAACCACUCUUCUGUAUUAAAUGAAAAAUGACAGAA